UUUGCCCUUCAGUGGCUUUCUAGAGUACCAAAAGAGGUGGUGGACAAAAACAGUCCAGCAUGGAACAAAGGACGAAUCCAUUACUCAAACUCCACUGAUGAAGUCGUAAGGGCUCACGAAGCUCAACUUGCUGAGGACAUAGAGUGCUUUCUGAAUGCCAGGGCACAAGAGAUUGCAGACGGAGGAAUGAUGGUACUCGUCAUUCCAGGCAGACCCAAUACUCUCCCUCAUUCUGAAUCUGUGGGAAAUGUGAGCUUUCAACUUAUAGGGUCUUGCCUCAUGGACAUGGCUAGGAAGGGAUUAGUAAGUGAAGAGAAAGUAGAUACAUUUAGCAUUCCUGUGUAUGCCAUGACUCCCCAAGAACUGGAAGCUGCUGUAGAAAGAAAUAAACAUUUUAGUUUAAAGAAGUUGGAAACAAUACCUCACACUCCGGUUCCUCCAACUUUCUCUCCAAUCCAACUUGUUGUAUCUCACAUGAGAGCUGGCUUUGAGGGAAUCGUCAAGCAGCAAUUCGGAGAAGAAAUCUUAGAUGAGCUCUUUGACUCGUAUCUCAAGAAACUUGAAGAGCAACCUUCCAUCAUUGAGUCAGGGACUGGAACUGCAAUCAUCUUUCUUGCCGUGCUGAAGCGCAAGUAAAAUGAUGCGAACAUGAUGUCUCAGUACUCAUGAAGAUGUUGUCAAAUUUC